CGGCCGACAAAAGUCCCUUCAGUUCAGCCGGCGGCAGGGGAAGUCCCGGCGCUCGGCGAAACCACCCUCCCGUGCCGCCGAGCCCAGCCGCGCUCCGGCCGCCAGCUCGGCCGCCGUCCCCGGCGGCCCCAUGCCCCGAUGCCCCGCGGGGGCCAUGGACGAGGGGCCGGUGGACCUGCGCACUCGGCCCAAGGCCACCGCGCACCCCGACGCCGCGCUGCCUCUGCGUAAGCGCCCGCUGCGCGCGCCCUCCCCGGAGCCCGUCGCGCCCCGCGGCGCCCCCGGCCCCGCAGCGCCCUCGGACCCCCUGCGCGGCAGCGGCGGUGUCUGCUGCGACGCGGCCGUCGCUCCGGGCCCCCCUCACGGCCUGGCAAGGCCGGAGGCGCUGUACUACCCCGCACCUCUACUGCCCUUAUACCCCACCGCGUCCAUGGGCUCCCCGUUCCCUCUGCUGAACCUGCCGACGCACCUGUAUCCCAUCAUGUGCUCCAUGGAACACCCCCUGUCGGCCGACAUCGCUGUGGCCACCCGCGCAGAUGAGGAUGGAGACACGCCUCUCCACAUCGCUGUGGUGCAGGGCAACCUGCCAGCCGUGCAACGGCUCAUCAAACUCUUCCUGCACGGAGGCCGGGAGCUGGACAUUUACAACAACCUGCGCCAGACCCCGCUCCACCUAGCAGUGAUCACCACGCUGCCCGCUGUGGUUCAGCUCCUGGUGCUGGCCGGUGCCAGUCCCAUGGCGCUGGACCGCCACGGCCAGACGGCGGCUCACCUGGCCUGCGAGCACCGCAGCCCGGCCUGCCUGCGGGCCCUCAUGGACAACGCCGCGCCCGGCACGGUGGACCUGGAGGCCCGCAAUUAUGACGGGCUCACAGCCCUGCACGUGGCCGUCAACGCCGAGUGCCACGAAGCCGUGCUGUUCCUGCUGGAGCGCGGGGCUGACGUCGACGCGGUGGACAUUAAGAGUGGCCGCUCCCCGCUCAUCCACGCUGUGGAAAACAACAGCCUGAACAUGGUGCAGCUGCUGCUGCAGCACGGCGCCAACGUGAACGCCCAGAUGUACUCAGGCAGCUCGGCCCUGCACUCGGCGUCGGGCCGCGGGCUGCUCCCACUCGUGCGCACGCUGGUCCGUAGUGGCGCUGACAGCGGCCUCAAGAACUGCCACAACGACACGCCACUCAUGGUGGCGCGCAGCCGCCGGGUCAUCGACAUCCUGAGGGGGAAGGCCACCCGGGCUGCGUCCUCGUCCCAGCGCGAGCCCUCCCCGGACCGCAGUGCCACCACCUCCCCUGAGGGCAGCAGCCGUCUCAGCUCCAAUGGUCUCCUCUCCACCUCCCCGUCCUCCUCGCCCUCCCAGUCUCCCUCCAAGGACCUCCCUGGAUUUCCCAUGGCUCCCCAGAACUUCUUCCUCCCCUCACCGUCUCCCAAUGCCUUCCUACCCUUCCCUGGGGUUCUCCGAGGCCCUGUCCGGCCAGUGCCCCCCGCCCCAGCUCCAGGAGGCAGCUGAGAGGGAAGGGGGGCUGAUCUCUGGCUCAGGAGGACUCACGACCCCCACACCCCACCCCGCG